AUGGCACUGAGGGCGUAUCGUUACAUUGAACUCCCGGACACUGUUGACCUGAGGUACUCGGGUCAUUCGGUGCUCAUAGGAAGUCCACCUCCAAAGACGCUAAGGGUUUAUCGUGUAUUUCUGGCAAAUGUCGCACUUGGUGAUCUCCUAUUCUCUGCUGCAACAACAUUUGCACAAAUAAGGAUUAUUCCGAAUAAAUGGGCAUUUGCCUACGUUUCAUUAGGUCCAGCUGCAUAUUUCGGCUCACAUGUAUCAUAUUUGGCGUAUUGUGUUCAACUACAUGCUCUAUUCUAUACAUUCCUGUCAUUCCCUCUAUCAUUCGGUUUUCGAUAUUAUGUACUAAUUAAAUCAAUGCCAAAAAUCAAAAACUGUAUACCUAUAUGCGUGGGAUUAUGGCUAGUUGCAUUCGCCCAACAUGUAAUUUUUAUUUAUUCUGAAACCGAUCCAGCUUUUAUCCGAGAAUAUCUGUCUAUCAACAAACCUGAAUACAAUCUGACUGAUUUUGUGAUUUCUGGAAACCAUAUGAUCAAGAGUCCUCUAACUGUUGUUACGCUUUCUACUAUUGUUCUACCAAUGUUUCCAAUUUAUUUAUUGGUGAUAUUUUUCUACAGGAGGGUUCAUGCAUUUCUUCGUUGCAAUGCAGGGAAAAUGCGCGAGGGAACAGUUAAAGGACACAAACUGCUUAUACAGGCUCUUAUUAUUCAAGCUUCACUACCUCUUCUCUUCAUCUUUCCACCAAUUCUUAUCUACGGUUUCUACCAUCUUGAACUCAUAAAUUUCACUAUAAUAGAGUACCUCGUCUACGUUAUUUUCAGCUUCUAUCCGGCGACAAGUCCACUAGUGACGCUGUAUUUUGUAAGACCAUUCAAUAAUGCUGUCCGUAGACUACUUGGCAUUCAUUUAAAGGUAUCCGACGCUUCAAAGAGCGAAGCGACAGCAAUGAACUCUAUGAAAUAA